AUGACUGCAACGGCACCGACAAGUCGCAGCCAGGUUGGAAGACCGCGGCUCUCGACCUGGGAAUUCUUGAAGCUGGCCGUCAAGGCCACUACCAUUGGUAGCUUGCAGAAGCCGUGGAGGUUUUUCUUUUGCUUUCUUCUCGUUCCCGGGAUGGACGACAAACUGAGCCGUUCCAAGCAUCCGGCCACUCGACAGAAGCUCCUUCGGCGAGAGAUCCAGUCUCUGGGGGACACGGGCGGCUCUCUCCUCUGGAUGGGCAACCGCACAAGGGCCCACAGGAUUGUUCUUUUCCUACCCGGAGGCGGCUACACUGCCCCGGCUCUUCGUGGCCACUUUGAAUGGCGCUGGAAUGCGUUUCCCGUUCCCCUGGCGCAGGCUGCUGAGACGCUUGGCGGAAUACUCGAUUCAGGCAUCAGUCCGUCCAACGUGUACAUGGGAGGGGAUUCCGCCCGCGGAAACCUGUCGGUGCAGGUCUUGAGCCAUGUCCUGCACCCGCUUGAUGGCAUCCGCCGCGUCGACCUGCCGAGGCCGCUGGCUGGCGUCUUCUUGGUAUCUCCCUGGCUGAGCAACAACGUCUUCGCCGAUUCGUUCCAGCGCAACAACGGGAACGGCAUGGUAUCCUUGAGAGGACUGGACAGGCUUGGCGCCUCCCUCUACGGCCGAGAGCUGAUUACAGCGCACAAGGCGGACAUUCUUUCGGGGGAUUACUCGGCUGCCAAUCCCUACAUCACACCGCUGGAUGCAGAAGACUCUGGACGGCAUAGACGAUGCCACGUCCAACGUGUACCUCACCGUUGGGAAGAAUGA